AUGGCACGGACCGAACUCAUAAGUCUUUCUCGUAUAUGGUAUACAAUUAUAGUUGUAUUAAUUCAGUUAAUUCUUGUCUUUUUUGGUAUAAAACAAUGCUAUUAUAAUGAUCGUUUACCAUGGCCAAUAUCUGCACCAUCACCUAAAUAUGAAUUAUUAAUACAAAAAAUUUGUCUUCUUAUAUCACUUGUACUUCUUUUAAUAUUUAUUUAUCCAGCUUUAUUUAAAAUUGGAAAUUUUUCAAAUGACAAUGAACAAUUAACAAUAGAUGCAUUAGAAAAAAAUGAUAUAUCUUUAUGGUCUAACCUAUGGCGACAUUGUUUUCCAUUAAGUAGUACUUUACAUUUAAUUAUGAGUUUUCUUAUUAUUAUAUCAACUGUACUUAUUCACGCUAAACAGAUUAUGGUUGGAUUAAAAGAUUCAGCAUUUUUAUGGCGUACUGAUUUUGAUUUACUUUUCGAUUGGUCUUCAUCGCCUACAAUAUCCAUAACAAAACGUUUUGCACCAUUAAAUCGGCAUACCUCAUCUUUACCGUUUUCAAUUGAUUCCUAUUCACGUUUAAGUCUAUUAAAUUUUCUAUUUGCAUCAUUUAUUUGUAUUCUACGUGAGCCAAAUGUGUUUUGGUCAAUAUCGAAAAUUUUCUCUAUACUUUAUUCAUUUGCUAUUGCUCUUAAUGUUUUACAAUGGUGUUUGAUGUACUGUGCAUUGCAAUUAUUAUUGAAAAAUAUUUGUUUUAAUACAAUUGAACUACGACAUAAUAUUGGUUAUCUUCUAUCGAAUCAACCUUAUACAGCAUUUUUUCUUUAUAUACUUCUUGAAUUUCUUGUUUAUAUAUCAUCAAUAACAUUUUAUUACUAUGCAUAUAAUCGCUUUAAAUCAAAUUAUAAACGUUCAUGUUAUGAUCGUUUUUCAAACUAUUGUCCAAGUUUAAUAGCUAUCAUUAUUUUAUUAUUAUACACAGCAUGUAAAAUGCCACUUGCGCAUGAUAUAUUUUUACUUUACAUUCAAACACGUUUACCUAUUCUAUUUCUAGCAUUUAUUUUUGAAAUAGUUCAUGUUCUAUUAAUAUUUGCAAUAUGGAUUUUUCUAACAACAAAAUUAAAUUGGAAUAUAAAUAAUCAAGCAAAAUAUUUAUCUAAAACUCGUAGUGGUUUAACAGUUCAAAAUACUCCAAUUGACGGACAAACAACAGUUUCUCUACCAGAAUUAAACAAUAAUUAUUCAUCAAAAGAAAAGCCUUAUGAAAAAAUUCGAAUAUAUCAAUCAGAAAUUUAUUAUCGUAAUCGACCAAAAAAUUGGAGUUUACCAUUAAAUCAGCAGCCAACAAUGAUGGCUGAAUUUGAUCUUAAUGAUGAUAUUAUUACACGUUCACCAUCGUAUCCAACGAGUCAAAAUAAUAAUAAUAAUAAUAAUGAUAAUGAAAUACAAUAUCGAAAUGCAAUAAGAAAAACUCUAUCUAGUAUAAAAAAUUCUGAAGAACAAACAAAAGCUGUUUUUCUAAGAAGUAAUACACCACCUAUACCACCUGUUAAAAGAUUUACAAAAGAACAAGUAGAAGCAGCUAGACAACGAGCACAAAAACUGAUCAGUCAACGUCAACGAUCACCGGAAUUAAGGUCACAACAACAGCAACAUUCAGCUGCUUUACUUAUUAGUCAAGUUUAA